UGAUCCAAAUGAAGCCAAAUCUACACUCAUUGAUCAGCACUGGUUUCCAAAUAAGGUUUGAUUCCCCAAAUAAUUGGUGCAAAAGUGCACAACAUGACAUCAUCACACAGUUCUUCACGUUUCUGACUUUCUAUUACCAAAUUAUGUCCAAUAAUUUCCAACCUAUCGCCUUCAGUCUCUCUUUAACAAUGCAUUAUGAGAGAGAGAAACAGAGCAGAAGCUCAAUGUGGAAAUUAGGGCCAGAAUUUCAUGUUGACUACAAUUUCUGGAUUCUACACAUUGAGGUUUCAAGAGUUUCCCGUUGUUCGCCAACAUACAGUUCUUUAGCGUGCACAUUUUUCAUCUAUGGCGGAAGACGGUGUCGUGGUUCCAACGCAGGGAAAAUGGAAACUUCCGAUCUUUGUUUUCUUCAAAGAUCUUAGGCUUGUCAUGAAGAUGGACUCACUUGGAAAAGAAAUACUUCUAAUUGCUGUACCUGCAGCCAUGGCAUUAGCUGCUGAUCCAAUUGCUUCUUUAAUCGACACCGCUUUUAUUGGUCGUAUAGGCCCAGUGGAAAUUGCUGCUGUUGGAGUAUCGAUCGCAAUUUUCAAUCAAGUUUCAAAAGUAGCCAUAUUCCCACUCGUUAGUAUCACAACUUCGUUCGUUGCGGAGGAAGAAACCAUCGAAAGAAUGAACAGUGAAGCAAUCAAAGUUCAGGACACCGAAAAGAGCACUGUGAACAAAGGGGAGGCAAACGAAUCGACGACACAAGAUGAUGUCAAACUUGAAAAUUUGGAAAACGGUUCGACAGUAAAGUACGAAGCAAAGGAUGUGGCAUCAGAAGAUGGUUUCAAAGCUAGUCCAUGCAAGAAUACGACUGUUGCUGACAACAUCUCGAAUAAGUCGAAUCUCAAAAAACAAAAGAGAAAUAUUCCGUCAGCAUCAACUGCGUUGCUGUUUGGUGCGGUGCUUGGUAUUCUUGAAACGCUACUAAUUGUACUUCUAGCAGAACCAUUAUUAAGUUUAAUGGGUGUGAAAUCGGGUUCUCCAAUGCUGUUACCUGCACACAAAUAUUUAACGUUACGUGCACUCGGGGCUCCAGCAGUUCUUCUCUCGUUGGCAAUGCAAGGUGUCUUUCGUGGUUUUAAAGAUACUAAAACUCCUUUAUAUGCCACCGUGGCAGGAGACUUGGCGAAUAUAAUUUUGGAUCCAAUUCUUAUCUUCGCCUGCAAUUUGGGAGUCAGCGGUGCAGCCAUUGCACAUGUUCUAUCCCAGUACAUAAUAUCGAUAAUUUUGUUAGUCAAACUGAUGCAACAAGUUGACCUACUACCUCCAAGCGUUAAAGCUUUGCAGUUCAGUCGGUUUCUUGAAAAUGGUUUCCUGUUGUUGUUUAAGGUAAUAGCCGCAACUGUAUGUGUGACAUUGGCUGCAUCGUUGGCUUCACGGUUGGGUGCAACACCUAUGGCUGCAUUCCAAAUAUGCUUGCAGGUGUGGCUGACAUCAUCACUUCUUGCCGAUGGGUUGGCAGUUGCUGGACAGGCAAUAAUUGCAUCGUCAUUUGCUGAAAAGAACUAUGAGAAGGCUACAGCUGCCGCAGCUCGAGUGCUACAGAUGGCCUUUGUAAUGGGCCUCGGACUUGCUCUACUAGUUGGACUCGGUUUACAUUUUGGUUCUGGAGUGUUUACAAAAGACAUAAAUGUUAUACACAUAAUAACCAUUGGUGUCCCGUUUGUUGCUGGUACUCAACCAAUCAAUUCGAUAGCAUUUGUAUAUGAUGGAAUUAACUUUGGGGCCUCAGAUUUUGCUUAUUCUGCAUACUCCAUGAUCCUCGUGGCGAUAGGGAGCAUCGGGUCACUAUUUGUCCUGUACAAAGCCGGUGGUUUUGUCGGAAUUUGGGUUGCUCUAUCCAUUUUCAUGGGCUUACGUGCAAUCGCUGGCAUAUGGAGGAUGGGAACAGGAACAGGUCCAUGGUCUUUUCUUAGGAAGUAAAAGAUGGUGGUUAAGGUUAAUUAGAGGACAUCAUCAUAGUUGUAUACCUCCUUGGUUUGUUGGUCUUAGGAGAGAUUUCACCUUGUGUUUAUGUUUUGUAUACCUCCUUGGUUUGUUUGUUGGUCAUAGGAGAGAUUUCACCUUAUGUUUAUGUUUGUUUCAGACACUUGUUACUUCUGUUUCAUGCCUUUCAUUUGAGUUUGAUGAAUGAUAGGACACUCUCACUUAUCUA